CUUCUCGUCAUGUUUCUUCCACUUUUCUGUUUCUUCCUUCUCGAACUCUUCUCAGCGUCGGGAAGAAACACCUACAUUGUGCAUAUGAAUCAGAUUCAUAUGACAAUGGCCUUUGAGAACAGAUCUCAGUGGUAUCAAGCUUCCAUUCAAGCCAUCUCCAGCUCAGCCAAGAUCGUCUACUCAUACAGCAACGCCUUGGAAGGAUUUGUUGCUAUGGCGUUGGUCGCACCCGAGAUCUGCUACAAGCUGCAGACGACGAGGAGUCCGCUCUUCCUCGGCCUUGACGAUCAUUUCCCGAUCAACGUGUCUACCAGCGACGUCGUCAUCGGCGUUAUAGACGGUGGAGUUUGGCCAGAGAGAAGAAGCUUCAACGACAUGGGACUCGGUCCGCCGCCGAGAAACUGGAAAGGGGAGUGCAAAACCGGCACGAACUUCACGGCGUCUCUCUGCAACAACAAACUCAUCGGCGCCAGAUACUUCUUGAAGGGUUUCGAGGCAAAGAAUGGUCCACUCGACGAAUCAACGGACUUCAGAUCUCCUAGAGACUUCUCUGGCCAUGGAACACACACUUCCUCGAUCGCAGCUGGGUCGGCGGUGAAAGGAGCAUCGUGUCUGGGAUACGCCUCCGGAGUUGCUCGAGGAAUGGCUCCUCGAAGUCGGGUCGCGAUCUACAAAGCUUGCUGGGGUGACGGGUACUGCUUGAGCUCGGAUAUUCUAGCGGCAAUGGACAAGGCGAUCGAAGACAGCGUCAACGUCUUGCCCGCUGGAUUAUCACAAAGUUCCAUCACGCCGGAGAUUCUCAAACCGGAUAUGAUCGCACCAGGUGUCAACAUUCUUGCGGCAUGGACCGGAGCAACUGGACCCGGUACCGAUACCGAAUCGCAGUUUCAAAUAUAA